AGAUCGCUUGCGAUGAGAGCGCUGGUAUUUUUGUUUUUUUCAUGGUGUAACGGCGGAGAUCGCAGUCAGCUCACAGGCGGCGGAGAGGAUCCCCCGACAGAGAAGUUCUGCCGGCUGUCCUAGAUCCGACCCCCUUAUACCUGGUCAUGGAUGAACAGGCGGGGCCGGGCGUCUUUUUCAACAAUAAUAAUAACCCGGUUUUGCCGGGUGGUGGAAAGGGAUCUCUGGCCGAAGGCGACGGUGGCGAGGCCGUCAGGGCUCAGUACAGUAUCCCCGGGAUCUUGCACUUCCUGCAACACGAAUGGGCCCGUUUCGAGGUGGAGAGGGCGCAGUGGGAGGUGGAGCGGGCCGAGUUACAGGCACAGAUUGCCUUCCUGCAAGGGGAACGGAAGGGCCAGGAGAACCUGAAGAAGGACCUGGUGAGGAGGAUCAAGAUGCUGGAGUACGCCUUGAAGCAGGAGAGGGCAAAGUACCACAAGCUGAAAUAUGGAACAGAGUUGAAUCAAGGAGACUUGAAGCCCCCAAGUUACAACUCUGCAGAUGACGGGAGUGAGAAUGAGAACGAGGUCCAGGGCACACGCAACAACCAGUUCUCCUGGAAACAGGGCCGCCAGCUCCUCCGACAAUAUCUGCAGGAGGUGGGAUUCACAGAUGCUAUCCUUGACGUCAAGUCUCAGCGAGUCAAAGCCCUCCUGGGUCUGACCAGUGACAAUGCAGAGAAACCCAGUUGCAAGAACCUUGAGCGGAUGGUCAACGGCACCAAAACGUCCCACAAGGGUGGUGGCAUCUUGGGGAAAUCUGAUCUGGCAGACUCCACGUCCUCCGUGCUGGAUGCUUUCAAGUUCAUUGAGAAUGCAGCGGCCGAAUACAGCGACGACGACGACGAGGACAGCGAGGGGAAGGACAAAACAAUCAUUGAUUCUGCAACGAUUGUAAGGAAGAAGCCAUCUUCCUCCUUGGCACCACCACCUUGUCCCACUGAUGAUCCAGAUGCAGAGGAAGCCUUGAAGGGCUUUGACUUUCUGGGCAGUCCCGAGGAGAUGGACACGUCACCAGACUCCCGGAGUGCUGGGGAUGGCACUGACUGGGAGAAGGAAGAUCUGUGUCCCAUGACAGAAGCCUGGGAUGUGGACCAGGGCUUGAUAACCAAACUCAAGGAACAGUACAGGAAGGAGCGCAAGGGGAAAAAGGGGGUGAAGAGGCCAAACCGGUCCAAGUUACAGGACAUGCUGGCGAACCUGAGGGACGCAGAAGACCUACCACCCAUGCAGCCUUCGGUGGCGCCGCCGGCGCGGACCCCCGCAGCCAGGCUCGGAGAGCAUGAGCCCAGCCAUGGCGAUGAAGUGGAGGGCAUGACGUUCCCCCCAACAGCAGGGAAGUCCUUCAUUAUGACCGCUGAGGAGGCGAUGGAGACUGAGUUGGGGCUGGGGGAGCUGGCGGGCCUGACUGUGGCCAAUGAGGCCGACGCCCUAGCCUAUGAUGUUUCCAACAACCAGGACGCGUUGAGGAAGACCUGGAACCCCAAAUUCACGCUUCGGAGCCACUUCGACGCCAUUCGUGCCCUGGCCUUCCACCCCCUGGAGCCCGUGCUGGUGACCGCGUCUGAGGACCACACUCUCAAGAUGUGGAACCUCCAGAAGACUGCCCCGGCCAAGAAGAGUGCCUCCCUGGACGUGGAACCGAUCUACACUUUCAGGGGACACCGGGGUGCUGUGCUGAGUGUCGUCAUGAGCGCCUCAGGAGAGCAGUGCUUCAGUGGGGGGGUGGAUGGAACCAUCCAGAGCUGGAACACGCCCAGCCCCAACAUUGACCCCUACGACUCUUACGAGCCCUCUGCACUGCGGGGGGUGCUGUGUGGUCACACGGACGCAGUCUGGGGCCUCGUGUACAGCUCGGCUCACCACUGCCUCCUGUCUUGCUCCGCUGACGGCACAGUCCGACUGUGGAACGCCGCAGACACCUCCCCAGCCCUUGCGGUCUUUAACGAGAGCGGAGAACUAGGCAUCCCCUCCUCGGUGGAUCUUGUGUGCAGCGAGCCAGCCCACAUGGUCACCUCCUUCAGCAAUGGCCGGAUGGGCCUCUUCAACAUGGAGACCCGUCAGCUGGUCCUCAGCCUAGAGUCCACUAUGGAGCCAGGCUCUCCCUGCCGCAUUAACAAAGUGCUGAGUCACCCCACCCUCCCUGUCACCGUCGCGGCUCAGGAGGACCGCCACAUCAAAUUCUUCGACAACAACACAGGGAAGCUCAUCCAUUCUAUGGUGGCUCACUUGGAUGCGGUCACAAGCUUAGCCGUGGACCCUAAUGGACUGUACCUUAUGUCUGGUAGUCAUGAUUGUUCCAUCCGCCUAUGGAACCUUGAAAGCAAGACCUGCAUCCAGGAGUUCACUGCCCACCGGAAGAAAUUCGACGAGUCCAUCCACGACGUGGCGUUUCACCCGACCAAGUGUUACAUCGCCAGCGCUGGUUCCGACGCCCUGGCCAAGGUGUUUGUAUGACACGGAGGUGCGCACUCUCUCCCUGGGGCCCGAACACCAUCACGGCCAGGGGCCAAUGGCAAGGGAGGUGAGGUGGGGCUUAGGUAUCGGAGCCACGCCCACCCCUCACGCCCACCAAUCAGCUCUGUUCCCUCUCAGCUUCUCUGUCUGGCCAAACCUGAAGCAGUCCUGGCCCUGCGUCUGGAUUGAAGUGGCAGGCCGUGGUGAAUUAGAAAAUGGGUGUGAGGGGAUGAUUUUGCAUCGAGUGGCACAGACUUUUAUUUUUUAUUUUUUUUGCCUCCCCUCACUAGCCCACUGCCCCCCCCCCCCCAUCCCCCAUCCCCCAUCCAUCCAGGCAGGCCUGGGUACUACCUGGCAGGGAUGGUUCCGCGCAUUUGGGUGGAUCCCUACUGAGCUCUGUCAGUAACAUGCAGGAUAAGGCACUGCUCAGUCUCUUCAAAAGCUGGGGGGGGGUUUCACUGCCAUGCCGGGAAACAUCCUUCGGUACUCAGUUACUGUGUGUGCGGACGCCGCACUCACCCGCCCCCCCACUGGUCACCAGUGCGCCGCUCCAAGGGCAAGCCCCUCCCCCGUCAAUAAAAUUUUGGGUUAUGUUGUAACGUGGUCAAAAGUGUAAAGGCGUGCCAUGACUGCCAUUAAAUCCUGUAUAUGCCCCCCCCCUUGCCUGCCCCAGCAUUUGUUUUUAAACAUGUUAUGAAAAUGUGCCUUUGCUUCAAAAGGGUCUUAAAGACUAUGUUAUUUUUACCAAAUGUUUUUUCUUUGGAAGGUUGGGGAUGUCCGUUUUAACAAAAAAAAAAAGUUGGAUGUAAAGUUACAUGCUCAUAAUAAACAGAAUAUAUAUCCAGUCUUAA